UUUGAAUAGGAUCUCCUGCUCAAGCAUAGACUGAUCCUACACAAGUAAACAUCAGCAACCAAAUAUUUUCCAUGGAGAAAGACAAUGCAUCCCAAGCACCAAUUUCACUCGCUAAACCACUCCGAUGCAUCGUCAAGCUCGGGGGUGCAGCAAUAACAUGUAAGAAUGAAUUGGAGAAGACUAAUGAGGAAAAUUUAAAAGCAGUUUCUAUACAUUUGAGGCAAGCAAUGAUGUCUGGUGAUGUUGUGGAAAUGGAUUGGAGUAAAAGAGAAGGACGAUCAGAUGUUUGUGUGAAUGUGGAUGACAUUUCUGAUCACUCAAAGUUGGAGUCUAGCAACUUUAUUGUGGUUCAUGGAGCUGGAUCAUUUGGGCACUUCCAAGCCAGUAAAUCAGGUGUACACAAGGGAGGAUUAGAUAGGCCUCUUGUCAAAGCUGGCUUUGUUGCUACACGCAUAUCGGUCACAUCACUGAAUCUAAAAGUUGUGAGGGCACUUGCUCAAGCGGGUAUCCCUUCAGUUGGAUUAUCCCCAUUUUCAAGUGGAUGGACAACAUGUCAAAGAAAUGUCGCCUCAGCUGACAUCAACACAGUGGCUAAAACUAUCGACUCGGGUUUCAUCCCUGUCCUGCAUGGGGAUGCAGUCCUUGAUCACUCACAGGGUAGCACGAUUUUGAGUGGGGAUGUAAUUAUACGGCAUUUGGCUGGGCACUUGAAGCCUGAAUAUGUUGUUUUUCUCACAGAUGUUUUUGGAGUAUAUGACCGUCCUCCAUCAGAACCUGGCGCCACAUUGUUAAAAGAGAUAGCUGUUAACGGAGAUGGGAGCUGGCAUGUAGUGAAUCCUGCACCAAAAACAAAGAAUGGGCAAGUUGAGAUAACGGUAGCAGCUCAUGACACAACUGGAGGUAUGGUGACGAAAAUAUCUGAAGCUGCAGCUAUUGCAAAACUUGGAAUCGAUGUAUAUAUUGUAAAGGCAGCCACAGAUCAUUCCUUGAAGGCCUUAAAAGGGGAAGUCGGACAAGAAAUAAGGGAUGAUUGGUUGGGCACAGCCAUCCGUUUUGCGAGAAAAUAGUCGCAAACAGUUUCUCAUACGAUAUCAAAGCAGCGUGAUCAGCAGAAUUCACCGUUGUUUAAAUGCAUCGUUCUGUAACCUCGACGCAAUAUUCUUUUCUGAAGGAAUUGUAUCAUCAAUCAAUUAGCAUAUACAGUGUUGGAGUUUGCUGCAUUCUAUUGAUAUUACUUAAUUUGCUCAGAUUUGAUUUAUUACAAUCAAAUACAGUGUUGCAAAAGAAUUGCUCAAUUCCAUUUCAUUUAGAAAUAUAAAAGUACUUCAUAUGCUCGGAUUUGAGUUCAAAUUAAUUAU